CUGACAAUACUAAUGUUUUAAAAUGUCUGCUAGCAACAAUGUAUUGUUAUUAUUAUUGACUUAUUUUAAAGGCCAUAAACAAGUAAAGCAAGUUAUAACACUGAGCUUUUUGUGAGCUCCAGACUAGUAAGUAAAUUAGACAUUUUUACGUGAGAUGUCUGAAAAUAGCCCUAAACUUAGAGUAAUAGAGACCUCAAAAUAGCUUUAUAGCAGUUAUUAUUUGGGAAAGGAAUAAUACUAAACUGUCUACAUUGAAACCACAGAAUGAAUGAAAAGGCUUGGUUAAAAAUGGCAUUAGAGGAGUUAUUUAAAGCCCCCAUGGGGAACAAGGGUCAAUUGUGCUUCCACAACCCCUGGAGCAGGCAGCAGAGGACUUUGGGAGCUGACCACUGAUUGGUCAGUGAGACAGAAAAGGGUGGGCCCACUGAAUUAGUGAUAGACGCUAAAGGCAGAUAUCCUGCAGUGAUCAAACCCUGGGUGAUCUGACAGUCCAGUGUUUGAAGUGAUUAUCAUGCUACGCAACAUAAAGGCUUACCCCCAGCUUUGGGCCUAAUUAGUUCACUUAGGGCCCUUAUAAGACAUUGGUAGGGGACUGGAAGGAACAGAAACUCAUUGAGGAGUCAGCAGAUCAACAGGAUAGCAGCAGCAGACCUGGAUCCCUAAAACUGACCUGCUGCUACACUAAAACAAACCAAACAGAAGAUUAUCUGCUUUUCUGAGAAUGCCACACUUAACUGAUUGCAGUUACUACACGAUGCGGGACGCAACCAGAGCUUCAAAUGUACAGAGCCACCUGGAGAACUCCAAGUUCCACCUCCACCAGAGCCAGAAUCAGCAGGUCAAGCAGUACCUGACGCUGGGCUCCAAGCUGGCCUCAUCCGCCGGGCAGGGCCACGCGGUGCAUCCACACGCCCCUGGCCAGCCACUGGCCACUGUGCCUAUCAUGAGGAAUGGACACAUGCCCUCUGUCAGCGACAGCAGCAACCCCAACAGCCCCGUUACCCUGCUCACUAUGGCCAAUCACGACAGCGAGUUUCCAAUGGAUGAAGUUAUUGAUGACCUAAUUAGUCUUGAAUCCGGUUUCAAUGAUGGGGGCUUGGAUUGCAUGGAGCCUAACAUCAUAAUGCAAAACAAUGUGUCCCUCAGUAGCAGCAUGCUGGAUGUCUAUGGGGGUGAACAAGGUAUGAACGCCCCUAAUGGCGGAAUGAGUCCCACAUCUAACCCCACAAAGCUCACUGUAAAAAGGGAAUACACAGAACAUGACACAAGGGUGAUGGCCAAAGAGAGACAGAAGAAAGACAACCAUAAUUUGAUUGAAAGAAGGCGAAGAUACAAUAUCAACUACAGGAUUAAGGAGCUGGGGACACUCAUACCAAAGUCAAAUGACCCAGACAUGCGCUGGAACAAAGGCACCAUCCUGAAGGCCUCGGUGGAGUACAUCAGGUGGCUGCAGAAGGAGCAGCAGCACGCUCGGGAGCUGGAGAGCCGACAGAAGAAGCUGGAGCAAGCGAACAGAAGGCUGCUGCUAAGGAUUCAGGAGCUUGAGAUCCAGGCACGAGCACAUGGCCUCCCAAACAUGGCUACAGCCUUGGGGACAGCUGAACUAUCCUCCCAUCUCCUCAAACAACAACAGCAACAGCAGCAGCAACAGCAGUCGUCUCCCCAGGCCCAGCAGCCCCAGCAGCCGCCCCUCUACCAGGAGGACCCCAACAGUGACUACCUCCAGAGGAUAGCUGUGGUGGCUGGGGUGCCUUCCAUCCCCACUGCCAGCGGGCCGCAGGAUCACAUCACCAACGCUGACGGUUGCACCACAUUCUCUGACCCGCUGUCCCACUUCACAGACUUCUUCAGUGCUACACUUAAGGAGGAACACCGGCUGGACGAGAUCCUGAUGGAAGACCCGCUCUCGCCGUUUGGCACCGACCCGCUCCUGUCAGCUGGCUCGCCUGGAGCUGCAUCCAAGGACAGCAGCCGUAGGAGCAGCUUUAGCUCUGCCGGGGGUGACGACCUAUAAUGGGCCCCCCUAUUCAGAACAUACUCUUGUUAUCUCCUCAUGAAAAAUCCCCAGUGUUAAAGGGCAUACACGGAGCCUUUAAAAGACUGACUAAUGGCUCUGGACAUACAAUAAUUACCACUCGCAGGGUUGCCAGUAAUUUAAAUGACAGCUGACACACCUGACAGAGCCCCUCAAAGUGCCACCUGUAUAUAAAGUGUGUAGCUCUUGUUGAACAGGUGGGUGUUAGAGCUCCACUGGCCCAAAAGCUUGCAUUCUCGAAAGCUCAUGGGACCAAAAACAUCCCAAGGACCUUCUGCUGCACCACCUGCUCUUUUUAUCUUUACUACAGACAAUGAAUAUGUUUCUCUGCCUCCCAGACAGAGCAGAAACAGACUCAUAAGAAAAAGGGAGACAUUUAUCAGCCUUUAUGUACAUAAUGUAAAUGACCAAGUCUGCUGGGGUUUUUUUUGGUAAACACUGUGGUAGCUGUACACUGUAACAUGAAAAAUAAUCACUGAAAACCUGUCCGUUUUUAAUGCAGAUACUUAAAAUACUACUACUUUACAAAAGGAUUUUAAACAGUUGCCAUCAGGAUUGUGAUUGUAUGAUAUGCCUUUUUCAAACUCCCAGUUUUGUCUUAAAAAAAAAACCCAAUAUGAACAUGUAACUGAUGUACUCACCACAAUGCCUAACAUGUCCUCAGUCUUGUCUGUCUUUUAAGUGUUUUUGUUAAAAAAAGUGUUUAUGUAUUUAUAUAUGUUUUAAUCCAUGUAUUCAUAAAAAAGAUAUAUAUUAUCUACCAUGUUACCUCUUUUUCUUAGUAGGGGUG